GCCCGUCCACGUGACGCUGCUUCUCUCUUCUCUUCGCUUUCCAAUUCGCCAUUUUUGUUCUCCACUGCAAUCUUCGCUAUGCUCCAUUCACUCACUGUUCCUGAGCUUCGAUCAACGAUGAAUUGCCUCCAGAAUUUGCCACGGUACUCAGCUUGGCCUCCGAGGCACCAUUCUGGAAAGGCUCCGUGUGCUGUUAAUGGUGUGGUAAGAGGUAUGGCGUUGUCUUCACUACGUGGCAUUGGUGCUAAGGCAUCUUCUGGUUCAGCACAAAGUACAGAAAAUGAGACAUCCAAUUUGGAUGAAAAAUCUGAAACUUAUAGUCAAGACAUGACUGCAGCUAUGGGUGCUGUCUUAACCUAUAGGCAUGAACUUGGAAUGAACUACAACUUCAUUCUCCCGGAUUUGAUCGUAGGUUCAUGCCUGCAGACUCCCGAAGAUGUUGACAAGCUUCGCAGCAUUGGAGUGAAAACUAUAUUUUGCUUACAACAAGAUUCAGACCUUGAGUAUUUUGGGGUUGAUAUAAAUGCCAUUCGCAAAUAUGCCAAUAGCUGUGGUGACAUUCAACACUUGCGUGCCGAAAUUAGGGAUUUUGAUGCAUUUGAUCUACGGUUGCGGCUUCCAGCAGUGGUGAGCAAACUCCACAAGGCCAUCAAUCGGAAUGGAGGGGUAUCAUAUAUACAUUGCACUGCUGGUCUUGGACGAGCUCCUGCAACUGCAGUGGCUUACAUGUUUUGGGUUCAAGGCUACUCACUCAUCGAAGCACAUGAGUUGCUCUUGAGCAAGAGAUCAUGCUUCCCAAAAUUAUAUGCUAUCAAAAGUGCAACAGCUGAUAUUCUUACAGGACUUGAAAAGAAGCGUGUGAUGUUCACAUGGUAUGGUGGUGAUUGUACGACAGUGGAAAUCUCAGGACUUGACGUCGGCUGGGGUCAGAGAAUACCUUUGACAUACGACAAUGAACAAGAGUCGUGGAUUCUCCAUAGAGACUUGCCGGUAGGAGAGUACGAAUAUAAGUAUAUAGUUGACGGUGAAUGGCUGUGCAGCAAAUACGAUCUAAUCACUAGUCCUAACAAAGAUGGCCAUGUCAACAACUACCUUAAGGUUUUCGAUGACAACCCGAGCAGCAGUAGUGCUGAAAUUCGAAACAGAUUAACCGGUGAUGAUCCUCAGCUAUCCAACGAUGAACGCCGCAAAAUCAGACAGUUUCUUGAAUCCUAUCCGGCCAAGGAUUGAUUCUUUUUCGACGAGUUUUCGGGUACGUACGCAUAUAUAUAUAUAUAUAUAUUUAUAUAUAUACACAUACAUAUGCACAAAUAAUAACGUGAUGCUGUAUUGGUAUAAGACAAAACAAAACAAAACAAAACUGUAGUCUAUAUAUAUAUAUAUCAAAGGUAUGAAUAUAUGUAUCAUAAGAUAUUAAUUAACUUAGUAUUGUAAAACAUGUAACCUCCAUGAAACGACUCUUCUCAUUUAAACUUAUCCAUAAUUUAUUUAUAAUAAA